AUGCCACCAAAGCAAGUUAAAGGUGGCAACGAUGCCCCAGGCGCACCCAAGAUUUGGGAGAGCGGACUCACCGCUGCCCGGCUCGAAGAGGACUCAUGGAGGGCCUGUGUGACAAUGGUGAUUGGGAAGAAUCCAGAGGAUGAGAACCUGAUUGAGGCCCUGGAGGUAGCCGUGCUUCAACCGCAACGUAAACUCUUCACCCUGCUGACACUGGACAGCACCAAAGCAAAGAUCCAGGAAUAUGGGAACCCCAAAACCAAGAAGCCAAAGGAUGCUCCAAUGUUCUACGAGGUGAUGGAGCCUGCCAAGGUGCUGCUGGAUGCAGGGGAGGAGAUUCCCUGUGACCUAAUGGCAAAAAUACUUAAAUUCCAGCUGCUAGAGAUUAAAGCCAGCAAUCAGUGCAGAAGAGGAGAAUACCAAGCUGCUGAAGUGAAGGCAAAAGAUAAGGCAAGGUCUGCCUCUGCCGCCAGAGAUAAAAGAGGGGCCAAGUCCUUGGAUGACAAGGCCAAGAAGGGCCCAGCACCUGGGUCACCCAUCAAGGACAAGGACAAAGACAAGGAGAAGGGGAAAGAGAGAGCGAAAGAGAAGGAAACCAAACUUAAGAAGCGCAGGGGAGAGGAGAGUGAGCUGCCCAACUUCAUUGACGAUGAACCAGACGAUGGCCCACAACAAUAUGUCUUGUUGGUUGGCUUUCACCAUCCCCAACUCCUGGGAGCACUGGAAGCAUUAGGUGUCCAUGUAGCCAAUGUCAUCCAGCUGGGGUCAGAACACACCACACACACCCUUGAUGCUGAAACACAGGAAGAUGAGCAAACUCUCAGUGAGCCGAACCAGACAAGACCUUCAGACGUGGAUGAAGUUCCUGUGUCUUCCACACAAGAAGAGGAGGUUGAUCACACUCAGGAGCUGGCUGAGCGAGCCAAGAAGCUGGAGAUGUUCUGGUCAGGUCUGAAGCCAGUGUUAGACAGAGGACCACCCUUCUCCAAGCUCCAGGAUGUGGCUCGACUCAGUUACUAUGUCCCAGAUCCACCACAGUUCAUCCACAGACAGGACCACAAGUUUAUGCUGGAGCUGGGAAGUCGUAUCUUCGAUGGUGUGGCCUCUCUGAUCUAUGACUGUCUGGACUGGCGUCAGCAGCACCAACACUACAGGGACAGCAUCAGGCUCAUCAACAUACCAACUGUCCUUAGGGUGGAACCAUGCCCUGUUGUGCCUACAGAGGUGGUUCAGAGCCCUGUUCCUGCUAUACCGGGCACCAAGAAGAAACCAGCACGAGAGGACUCUCCCCAGAUCCCCAGCCAGGCAGAGGUGAAGCCUUGCCCUCUCUCCACAGAUGUGGACAUGCGUUAUUACGGCAGCCUGCUGGACCUGGUCCCCCCCGAGUCCUGCUCUGUCCCCCUCAUCCUGCACUGCAUGCUCGAACAGGUGGUGGUAUCCAAGGAAAAGUGCCAUGCUUCCAUGUCCAUGGCAGCUGAGGAGACCAGCACCAGCUUUGGCCCUGGGAUGGACCAUCAGCUGGCUAGUUACAUGCUCCACAGCUUCCUGCCAUUGGUACGCACGGAACAGGAAAAAAGCCACAUUGUGGAUAGCUUUCUGACACUGAUACAGGAUCAACAGGACAGACAGAAGCUAGCAGAGGAGUUUGGACCAAAGCAGACCCAGCAAAAGACUGACGCCCAGUGCCCUCUUGUGUUCAAACAUCACGAUGAGCGGGCACUACGACUAAGACAGAUAAUUGUGCGUCAGGGUUUUGACCCAGCAGAGGUUGAAUCAUCCAUGAUGAAGCUGUCCCAAGUGUGGAAGCUGAUCCACUCCCCGCCUUCCCAGAGAAACAGUGAUCCCCACAGGAUGGCACGCAAACAGCAGCUGCUACGCUACUGCGCACAAAGUGGUGUGGCGUGGCGGGAGGUGGACCAUAUGUUCCAGCAGAGUGUGUUGGAGAGCAUGCCGCUGGCAGGGGUGGACCAACAUGGUUUGCUGAUGAGCACUAUGGGGCCUCUGGGAACAACACCAGCACCAGCCCGGCAGGAGACACCGCUUCCCUGGGACGACCCGCUGUCCUACGCCAAGCACCAGCUGAACAACCAACAGAGUAGAGGUCAGACAUUUCUCACUGACCCACCUGGGAGUCCAAAGGAUAAGAAUAUGACUGCUCAGCUGGAGUUCUCAGAGAUCCAGAGCAAUAGACAAAGGUUUCUGUCUGGCUGGCAUUACACUGAACACCACAACGCCAGUGUCUUCCCACAGGUACUCCUGUCAGCUUGUGAAGUGUACAGCUGUAUGGACACCUUCCAAGCAAGCCAUGACAACAUCCUCUACAUUUUCUGCCACAGUCCCAUGAGCCCUCAGCGGCAGAGCAAGGAAUUCUGGGAGAUGGCCCUUCACACUGACGUUGGGUUCAGGAACUACCUGGAGCAUGUCGCAGAUGCCAUCUCUGAUUGGACGAAACAAGAAGAAAGAAAGAGAGAGGCAGAGAAAGUCAAAAUUCUCAGUCCUGCUGAGUCAUUAAAAGGUGAUACAAAUGGAGAUUCUUCACCUGAGGUGUCUACUCCUGAGCCCAUCAUCAGAAAAGACUCCCUCAAAGCAUGGAAGUUGGAGCAGGAACUCCUGAAGGAGGAAGAAAUAGCCAAGAGAUCCAAGAAAGACAGUGCAAGUGGAGGUAAACAGCAGAGGGGGAAGGAUGAGCAGGCAGCUUCCACUGCAGGCGAGAAAGACAACAAGAAACCCUCUGCUGGUAGUAGGAAGAGCAGAGAAGCGAUAACAGGUGGCUCAUCCAAAAGCCCCAUAGAGUCCAUUACCAACACACUGUCCGCUGUAGAGGGAGAUGAAGAACUGCAGCCAGCAGAGAAGUCAUUCAGUGGCUUUCUGGGUUACAGCAUGAACGGCAGGCUUAUCCAGGUGUCAGGUGGGAUCCAGAAUCUCUUCCCCUCUGAUGGAGGACAAAUCACUGUGGAGAACAUCAACUAUGUCCAAGGGUCCAGUCUGUUGAAAGUGGGAGUGAGGAAGGAUGGGCAUCAUUUCUACACACACAUUAACCAUGUCGUUGUUGAGCCAGUGAAAACUGCCCCACCGCCAGGAGAAAAGGAAACAAAAUAUCAAACCAAAGAUGCUAAAGACCAGGUGGAGACUAAAGUAGUCCGACAGGGCUCCUUCUCUGCAGUGUUGGACAAUGGUAUCCACCUCUCUUACAGUUACUAUGGACCUACUGGACAGUACACAGCCAGUUCCCCGGUGCCAGAGGGAGAAGCUCUGGUGAAAAACAGAGUCUCCCCACUACCUGUGCCUAUCUCUGACCCUACCUCCAACCAUGCCACCAAGGGACCGAGCUUGGCUUCAUCCCUCCCACAGAACCAGGAGCCUGAUUAUGCUCAGAAGUGUGAAGCUUUGCCAGUACAGCUAUCCUGUCCAUUCAAUAGUCUGAACCUGUCCAUUCCCAAUGGCCUGCUGCUGCAGUUCCUCACAGAAGAUACACAAGGAACAUGUUCAAAGAAGCGUAGUAUGUUGGUUAGACAGAGCUUUCCUCUCCAUGGUGGGGAUGCUGGGGGAGCACUUCAGGAUCCUUUGCUCUCCAGAGAACUGUCCCGUGUGAUCACCAGCCAUGGAGCUGUAGUCAAACACAUGAGAGACGGAUCCACAGAGGUGCUGUUUCCGGAUGGUUCGGUGAGUUUCAGCCCAGACUCUGGCCCAGUGUGGGUUCCUGACUCUGAGGUGGAAGAGGAAAAGACGCCCCCACCAAUACCAAAAGAAACCCAGGACAAUAAGAGAGGGAAGAGUGCCAAGAAGGAGGCUGAACCACAGUUUGUCCCCACCCCUCAGAGAGGUUGCUGGUCAACCACGACACCCUCUGGGACCCGCAUCUCUACGGUGGGGAACACACACAAACACACACCCAGCACCCGCCUGCUCGCCUACCAUGCCACAGACCCCUACACCAAGGCUGUGAUGCUGAGCAGAGAGGACCAUGUGGUGUCUGUUCAGGGCCCAGAUGGAACUCUGACUGUGGAACACUCAGACAGAACCAGAAUCACCAGCCUCCACCAGGACAGAGAAGCACACACACCACUAAACACAGGAGAUGGGUCUGAGUGUGUGUGUGUCAAAUCAAAGUCUGAGUAUACAAGCGAUCGUGCAGAGCAAAUGUGCAUGACGUGCCCUGCACAGAACGUGUUGGAUGAUGUGUAUUCCGAGCUGCUCACCCAAGGAGCUUCUGAUGGUGGAGCGCAGACUGGCGUUGUUGGGACUGGGAGCACGUCCGAUGAUGGGGCACAUUCCAUGUUGAGCGUGGGUGAGGACAGUGAGGAAAAGGAAUUGGCAAGUGUGUGCGGGAGCGAUAAGGCGGGUGGUGUGCAGGCCAAAGAACGGGUGCUGCUGGUGGAGAGGGAGGACUAUGCCACUGUGAUAAUGUACCCAGAGCGACUCUCGGCUCAUGUCUUCCUGGCAGAUGGCACUGUUGUCACGGCAACCAGCCAUGGAACCUACCAGGUAUUUCCUUCCAAUACAGGUCUGCUGCAGAUUCAGGUAGAUGGCACAUGUGUGUACCUUCCUGACUCUGCCGUGACCCCUACUCCUGAGAGUGAUUCCUGCAGCAGCCAAACAGGAAGCUACACCAUGAGUCACACCGGAAAAGUGGCCUGUGAUGUCACAGACCCUGAUGGAAACCACUUCCAGGUAAUGGAAGAUGGACAGAUAACAGCAGUAGUUUCCAGUCCUGCCGAGAGCACACUGGUACAAGAGGAGGUAGAAGACAAAGAUGGAGAGAUGACCGGGCUUCCUGAAAAACAUACAGAACGUUGUCCCAGGCUGUUUGUGGUACAUGAGGAUGGCUCCGGUACUGAACUGCUGAGCUGUCAGACUGUGGAGGAAGUGUUGAGCCAGGCCUACUCUGACCCAACCAUAGCGUUGCUGAAGGAACCAUUACCUGACACACAAGAUGAGUUUGCCAUUACCAUCCUAAAGCCAAGCCACCAGAGUGUGUGGUCCCAGUGGUUGCUGCAAAAACAGAACCCAGAGAUCAUCCCUACCAACCUCAGGAACCGCAGCUGGCACAACUUCCCUAGAAUCGAGAGGAAGACCUCGGGUCCUCCGUUUGGGACUGACCUGGGACCUGGUCUUACUAUAGGAGACAGAUCCUGUGGCUCCUUGUCUCAGGGUCAGCCUGCUCGGAGCUGUCCUGAGGCCCUGGAACUCAGAGAACUGACCCAGUAUCGACCAGUCACCACCCAACUCAGAAACACACUAGACUGGCGACUGAAGGAAUACAUGGAGCAUUUGUUACAGAGGGAGCAGCUCUCAGAGGAGAUGAAAAUUAAAGAUCCACGUACAGAGGAAGAGAGAGUCCAUGCUAGUGAUCUGCUCAAAUUGAUUCUGUCUCUUCCAGAGUCAGAAUGUCCAGAUCCUACACUUAACAAGAGGACUUCAGAAGACAUGGCUAGUCUGUACAACAAAGAGGUUGUAGACCCAGUUGUGCAUUUGGACACUUCAGAGGACACCCCCAGAGGACAAAGUGACAGGCAGGAGCUACUUGAGGAGAAGGCUCACAGAGAGGCUCAAAGGAAGAAAAUCAUUGUUCCUUAUUUCCACCCUGAAAAUGCACACUUACAUUUGGUACGUCUUGCCAUUCAAGAACCAGAUAUGAGGAGUCUAUCCAUGGAUCUCCCUCCAUUCCCCAAGACUGAUGAAAGCAAGGCCUUCCUGAGAGAUGCCCCCCAAGAAGAAGAUGGAAGUGAUGCAAUGCCUCCAGGAAGGCCAACCAAUCCAACGCCUCAGACUGCAGUUGACAACAUCCUGAGAGGUUCAUCAGGGUACAGUAAUUCUGCUCAGCUGGAUGUAACUGGAAAACCCAGGAAGACUAAAAUCAAUCUUCCAAGCUCCAUACUGGGCUCAAAACCCUGCAGCAUACCCAAUCACCAGUUCCUGUCGGUGGAGGAACCUGUCAGAAGGAGGUGUCGCACUGUAUCUCUGCGUGACCCAACUACCAUAAGACGGGGCUUCCAGUUCCUCCCAUCCAGUGUCAGCUUUGGCACGCUAAAGGAGGGAACGUCCUAUGCUGUCACAGUAGUGAUGAAGAAUGUGGGUGUCGACAACUGCAGAUUCAGUGUAAAACAGCUUCCUCCAGCUACAGGCCUCCGAGUCAUCUAUAAACCCGGACCUGUGGCUGCAGGCUUGCAGGUUGAGCUGCAGGUACAGCUAUAUGCCACGUCUGCAGACAAAAGCGGCCAGAUAAAACAAAAGAGCUACGUCUCUCAUUACAUUCACAUCCACACUGAAACGGACAUCUUCUACCUCCCUGUCACUGCUACCAUCCUACCUGAGAAGUUAUAUGACAUUUGGGUUAAGGACAAUAUCAAUACGGGGAACAAGAAAGGUUCCAGGGCCCAGCGACUGGCCUCCAUCCCACCAGUGAGACAGAAAGUGGUAUCGUCACACAAACAGAUCCCUCCUCUGACCACUUUAGCAAACCCAGGAGAGUUCCCAAAUCCUGCUGCUAGUCUCUGAAGUGUCCAUCAACCAUCUUGAGUCUGACGUCACAGAGCAUCAUCCAAG